AUGUCAACAAACCCCCCACAACUCUUUCUGCUCGCAGACCACAUCAAGCUCUCAUUGCUCGAGCGACAACGAGCCAUCUCCCUGAACCUCUCGCCAAACAGCCAAGAUGGCCAGAUCUCGCGCUCACUCGAGCAAUUGCGCUCUGGUAUUGAAUCGCUCGAGUCGCAAGUCCAGGACAAACCAGACGAAUCCAUAACCUCCCAACUCCCCCGUCUACGUACCCAACUCGCCGACCUAACCUCGCAAUUCGACCGCGCAUCUUCCUCCUCCACUACCCUCGCAACCCCAAACAACCCCUCCCUAACUCCAGACUUCACAGCCGCAAAAUCAAAACCACAAUCCCACAAAACCGUCCGCUUCACCGACGCAGACCCCAACACCUCCGGGCCCCCAUCGCCCACCGAAGCCGCAACCCGCGCCUCCUUGUUCCCUUACCGCGACGACCCCUCUGCCGCCGACGACACCGCACCACCAGACCACUCGGACCUUGACAACCAGCAAAUCCAUGCCUACCACAGCCGCAUCAUCGCCGACCAGGACGACCAGCUCGAUGCCCUCGGCGCGAGUAUUGGCCGCCAGCGCGAACUCAGCAUGCAGAUUGGGGAUGAGCUCGACGGCCAGGUGAUGCUGCUGGAUGAUGUGGAAGAGGGCGUGGAUCGCCAUGCGGCCCAGUUUGUAAGAGCGAGGGGCAGGCUCGAUCGCUUUUCGAGAAAGGCGAGGGAGAAUUGGAGUUUGACCGUCAUUGUCGUUUUGAUUGUCAUACUCGUCUUGUUGAUUGUCAUUACCAAGUGA